AUGCAGCAGCCAAGGCAGCAGCAGGAGAGCUUCGAGCAGCACCCACACGGCACCAGGCGCGGCAGCGUUGGUGGUAGCAAUGGCGGCAGCUGGAGCGGGGGCGGCGGCGGGGUGCAGCUGCCGCCGGGAGGCUGGGGGCCGAGGGACCCAGCGGCAUGCGGCCACCCAAAGGACAAGAUAUCCCUGCAUCGCCGCGGCAAUCGGCGGCGCAUAUACUACAAAAAGCCCCAGGGCCUGCUGGCGCACUGCAG